UUUUGACAGAUGCAGUUUUUCGUAUAUUGCAAAGAAAUUUAUUCGUGCUUGCAUUUUUCACGAGGGCACGAACCAAGCAGUAUAAUUCCUUAUAUUUCUAACGGUGCGAAAAAUGAGUUAGAUCAGUCCCAGUGAUAGUUAAACAAUAACUCUAUCGCGGUUAAUAACAUGCCGGCAAGAGGGCCAUACAAUGAAUAGAAGUGGGUGUGCGAUAUCAUCUCCUAUCUAAUUUAUAUCGUUAAUCGUUACCUGCUGCGGAUGAUAAAACCUCGAAUGAAUUUAUUGCACGAUUAUUGAAAGCACCAGUCGACUGGGAAAAGAUGUGCAGAGUACCAGCAUACAACUUCAAGAAUCUAAUAGAGUGUCUCAAGAAUAGUUGAGUUUCAUCGAAACCCAUCGCGAUGGGAAAUACCAAUAGCUGUUGUUCAUACUCUAGUCCUCAAAGUAGCCACAGAGAAAGGGGAGUUAUCAUUCCGGUGGGUCACAGGGAUCGCAAUCUCGAAGAUGCUUUGCAGGAAGGUGAAAUAAGUACUAGCAAUCUUCAGCAUAUCAGCGAAAGGGAGACAGACGAUGGAGAACUCGAUCCCUCUCAAGAUCCCGUGGCUAAAACCAUUUUCAUUGAACGAUCAAAAACCGCCAUAGAAAACGGCAUGAUUCGAAGGAAGAGCCAACAUCAAAUCGCCGAUUUGCGGCCAUUGAAGAAAUCGAGCUCGUGCUCCACUAUUUACUUGGACGACAGCACGGUAUCGCAGCCCAAUUUGAAAAACACAGUCAAAUGCGUAGCCUUGGGGAUAUACUAUCACAUAAAAAACAGAGAUUCGCAAAGACAGAUCGGCAUAUUCGAUGAAAAGUUGCAUCCCCUCACCAGAGACGGUGUUAGUGAUGAUUACGAUAAAUACAAUCCGGAACACAAGCAAAUCUACAAGUUUGUUCGAACGUUAUUCAACGCUGCUCAAUUGACUGCUGAAUGUGCCAUUAUUACUUUAGUGUAUUUAGAAAGACUGUUAACUUAUGCUGAAUUAGAUAUUCAACCUUCCAAUUGGAAACGAAUAGUUUUAGGUGCAAUCUUAUUAGCCUCGAAAGUGUGGGACGAUCAAGCCGUAUGGAACGUCGACUACUGUCAAAUCCUGAAAGACAUAACCGUCGAAGACAUGAACGAAUUGGAGAGGCAAUUCCUCGAAUUGCUCCAGUUCAACAUCAACGUGCCGUCGAGCGUGUACGCCAAAUAUUACUUCGAUUUGCGCACGUUGGCCGAAGCCAACGAUCUGACGUUUCCCAGCGAACCGUUGAGCGUCGAUAGGGCGCAAAAGCUCGAGGCCAUGUCGAGGGUGAUGGCCGACAAAUACACGCAGGAGGCUAUCAAAAACGGUGUGAUAAAGAAAUGGUCGAGUUUGGAUAAUUUGACCAACGGGACGGCUGCCAGACGGUCGAUUGCCAUUCUAUCGUGAUUCGAUUCUUGUGAAUAAACGUUCUAUAGCCUGGCAACAUUUUUCUAUAGUUGAAAAAUGAGUCGCUGCCAGUUAUUUUGGAACUAGGGUAUAGGCAUAGGCGCGUCCAGAAAGUAAGUUCCGUUUGUUAAUUUAAAAACAAAUCUUGUACAGAUAUCUGAAUUUCGAACCAUAUAAACUACUAUACUGCUAAUAUUGGUCUAAAUCCGUAGCAAACAUUACGG